CUUAAGGAAUGUCCCCUGAAUGUCACUAUAAAUUUGAGGUUUGAUUUCCGAAGUAAUUCAUUCAAAGCACAUGCUGCCUUGAUUUCCACAGCCCCUUGCAGUAGAGUGCGAGAACAAUUCCAUGGCCUUGGAAAUGGCUGGAAUUUUGGGUGCUAAUCGGAGAUCCGACGAGAUCGUCGAGUUAUCUGACCAAGUAACGAGUUUUACCGACUUGGUUUUUGGGUUCUUUGAGGAAGGUCAAAAUUCGUCGGAAACAUCGUCGGACAAUUCGUGCAACUCCGACCACUACAAAUACGACGAGGAGGAUGAUGAGGACGAGAACCCUUGCAAUGUUGAAGAGAACCAGGCGUUUUGGAAAGAGCAAGAGCAAGUUCUUCAGGGAACGUUGUACAGAACAAGUUCAAUCGAGACGAAAAUCCGGCACGCUACAAAGGAGGCCUUAAAGGAAUUUGACAUGGCGGAUAAUCAAUAUUGCGUGUGCCGGCCAACACCGGUGGCCGGAGGUUGCAAGAAUUGCUUGCGAAGAGAAAUAUGCAACCGGCUCACAAGUGAUGGCUAUAAUUGUUCCAUUUGCAAGUCUAAAUGGAGGGGCACAUCAGACAUUCCAUCGGGGGAGCACACAUAUUUGGAAGUUUUGGACAAAUCAAACCCAAAGAAAGGAGAAGUGAGAGUGGUAAUCGAGUUGAAUUUCCGAGCAGAGUUCGAGAUGGCGAGGGGCAGCAAAGAAUACAACCAGUUGAUUAGCCGGCUGCCGGAAGUAUACGUAGGGAAAUCGGAAAGGUUAAGGCCGCUGAUUAAGGUGAUGUGCUGUGCUGCCAAAAAAUGCAUGAAGGAUAAGAAAAUGCAUCUGGGGCCAUGGAGGAAGCAGAAAUACAUGCAAACUAAGUGGCUCGGUACUUGUGAGAGAAUGACGCCGGCGCCCUUGCCGUUGGGAUUGUCGGACCGGCAGCCAAAGCCUAGAUCCUCCAUGUUAACAUUUGAUUUGCUAGACGCUUUGCCUGGCUUGCGUUUCAGGAGUACUGCAGUUGAAGUUGUGUGACCUUUGAGAAAGGAAAAAGUUUUGUCCUUUUGUGUAAUAUGUCCUUUUGUACAAAGUCUGCGACAAAAAUAAGUGAUCGCUAUGCAUGAAGUAUAGUUAUUUAAA